GACUUGGAAGGCAGCAAUUGGAUUUAGAAAGAGGUUUGAUUUGUACUUCAGGACCUGUAUAGAGGUUACUGGGGAAUAAAAUAUCUCACACUGGAUAGAAGUGCAUCUAAAUGCACACAUUUGUUGGCAUAAUAUCCAAGUAGUCGAGGUGCUAGGGUGGGACAACAGAUUUGGGCAUAAUGAGCUAAUCCCCAACCAAAAAUAAUCGAACACUAGAUGGCAGCCACAUUGAAGGAAGAGUGGACGAACAGGUAUUUAGGAAGUGACGCCACUAACCUCGGAAGCCGGAGGGGGGAGCCUGAGAGAGCAAGAUGGCAGCGAAAUCUGAUGGCGUGGGGGUUCUUACCGGUUUCGCCCAACUGCACAACCUGGACGAAACGUUGGGGAACGGCGAAGGGGAUCCGGGGGAGAGCAGCUCCAUCCACAUCUGUCACUGCUGCAAAACCUCGUCAUGUUACUGGGGCUGCCGAAGCGCCUGCCUGCGCUCUCUCCUGGGGAAGGGGAAGGAAGCUAGGCGGCAGCCGCCGCAGGAGGAGCGCCCCUGGCUGGACUGCCUGUGGAUCGUCCUGGCGCUGUUGGUCUUCUUUUGGGACGUGGGCACGGACCUGUGGCUAGCGGUCGACUACUAUUUCAAGCGGGACUACCUUUGGUUUGGGCUCACCCUCUUCUUUGUGCUCGUCCCCUCGGUGCUGGUCCAGAUCCUGAGCUUCAGGUGGUUUGUGCAGGAUUAUACCGGAGGAGGUUUGGGGGCGGUGGAGGGGCUCAGUCGGAGAGUCCCGGUUGCAAUGGGCGCUGCCGUUCAUGGCAGGGACAGGUGCUGCAGGAUCUCGGUGUGGAUCUGGCAGUCAGUCAUACACAUCCUGCAGAUGGGACAAGUAUGGAGGUAUAUCCGUACUAUGUACCUGGGCAUUCAAAGCCGGCGGCAGAAGGAACACCAACGCCGCUUCUACUGGGCCAUGAUGUACGAAUAUGCAGACGUCAACAUGCUGCGCCUCCUGGAGACCUUCCUGGAGAGCGCCCCACAACUGGUGCUACAACUCUGCAUAAUGAUCCAAAAGAACCGGGCUGAGACACUACCGUGUAUGUCCUCAUUGGCCUCCCUGUUCUCCCUGGCCUGGGUGCUGGCGUCCUACCACAAGCUCCUGAGGGACUCGCGGGACGACAAGAAAAGCAUGAGCUAUCGGGGCGCCGUGAUCCACAUCUUCUGGCGCCUCUUCACCAUCUCCUCCCGGGUGCUUUCCUUUGCCCUUUUCGCCUCUAUCUUCCAGCUCUAUUUCGGGAUCUUUGUGGUGAUCCACUGGUGCGCCAUGGCUUUCUGGAUCGUCCACGGGGGCACUGACUUUUGCAUGUCCAAGUGGGAGGAGGUCCUGUUCAACAUGGUGGUGGGUAUCGUUUAUAUCUUCUGUUGGUUCAACGUCAAGGAAGGUAGGACCCGAUACCGCAUGGUGGCUUACUACCUAGUGGUGCUCACCGAGAACGCCGCCUUGACGUUUCUGUGGUAUUUCUACAGGGACCCUGCUGCCACCGACUCUUACGCGGUGCCUGCCCUGUGUGGCGUGUUCCUCAGCUUUGCCACAGGGGUGAUCUUCAUGCUCCUCUACUAUGGAGUGCUUCACCCCAUGGGCCCUCGGGCAACGAUCCUGGUCAGCUCUUGUUGUGCUGAGCUUCUCUGGGGUUUGCCUUUGCCUCCCGAAGCUGAGCCCAUGGCUCCCACCCCGGGGCCUAGGGGGUCCCAGGCUACCCGAAGCAGAGGAGGCUCCACCGGGGAGCAGCAGGAGGAAGAAGAGGACCUGACAACCGACACCUGCCUGCCCGUUUUCCAGGUGAGACCAACGGUGCCAACCACCCCCGUGGGAAGGCCCUACCACCUCGAGGGUCCCCUCAUCAAAAUCGACAUGCCAAGGAAGCGCUACCCAGCCUGGGAUGCCCACUUUGUGGACCGUAGGCUGAGGAGGACUAUCAACAUCCUUCAGUACAUCACCCCCGCAGCAGUAGGGAUCAGGUACAGAGACGGACCCUUGCUCUAUGAGCUUCUACAGUAUGAGUCUUCACUUUGAAGGUGCUUCCUUUCUUUUUCUCUCCCUCUGUCUGUUUCUCAAUUAUAACUCGUUUUUUGUUUAUUUGUUUUGUUUAUUGUUUUUUGCUGUUUUUUGUUUCUUUUUUGGUUCUUCAACUAAAGAAAGGGACCUUUAUUUUUCUGUUACACUGUCAUAAUUCACAGGACAAUGAGACAUAUAAAAGCUAAAACAAACAUAAAAAAACAGACAAAUAUUUUUAAAAGCCUGCAUAUAAGCUUUUUUUUUCUUUCUCUGGUUACUCUGUGUAUAUAAGAAUAUGUUUUGUAUGUACGAAAAGAAACAAAAAGUUGUUUUUCUCUUCAUUUUUCUACACACAAGAUAUAAUGGUAUUUCAAUUCUAUGCUUCGCCAUGUGGUGGAGAGAGGUGUCUUCACCCUGGUGUUUUAUAUUCUAACGUAGCAGCCGUACAGCAUCCUGGGAAUGGUGGAGGACUGAAAAGCACUUUGCUUACUUGUCAUUUGAGCAGUUAGCAAACCUCCAAACCACCACAACUGUGGCUAGCCCCCUCUAGUGUUACAUUAUGAUUCUUCUCUCACAAACUGACUCAAUUGAACUAAAAGGGGUAAUAACCAUGACUUAAUGGAGUAGUUAAUUUUUUGUCCCUGUGUGCUUCCUGUGCUCUGGGUAUAGGAACCUGACCACACUC